CUGAGGUCGAUUCCUAGCUGUCACCUUGAAGUCAUACAAGCCGGAGCACAAUGCGUGAGUGCAUCUCUGUCCAUGUCGGCCAAGCCGGAGUCCAGAUGGGCAAUGCCUGCUGGGAGCUAUACUGCCUGGAGCAUGGGAUCCAGCCGGACGGACAAAUGCCCAGUGACAAGACCAUUGGGGGUGGAGAUGACUCCUUCAACACCUUCUUCAGUGAAACAGGAGCUGGAAAGCACGUCCCCAGGGCAGUUUUUGUGGACUUGGAACCCACUGUAAUUGAUGAAGUUCGCACAGGCACUUAUCGCCAGCUGUUCCACCCAGAGCAGCUCAUCACUGGCAAGGAGGACGCAGCAAACAACUAUGCUCGUGGCCAUUACACCAUUGGCAAGGAGAUUAUUGACCUGGUGCUGGACAGAAUUCGCAAACUGGCUGACCAGUGCACAGGUCUUCAAGGCUUCCUCAUUUUCCACAGUUUUGGAGGUGGCACUGGCUCUGGCUUCACCUCCUUGCUGAUGGAGCGUCUGUCUGUUGACUAUGGCAAGAAAUCAAAGCUGGAGUUCUCCAUCUAUCCAGCUCCUCAGGUCUCCACCGCUGUUGUGGAACCAUACAACUCCAUCCUGACCACCCACACAACCCUGGAGCAUUCCGACUGUGCCUUCAUGGUGGACAAUGAAGCCAUAUACGAUAUCUGCCGCAGAAACCUGGACAUUGAACGCCCCACUUACACCAACCUGAACCGUCUGAUUGGCCAGAUUGUCUCCUCCAUUACAGCCUCCCUCCGUUUUGAUGGUGCCCUCAAUGUUGACCUCACUGAGUUCCAGACCAAUCUGGUGCCUUAUCCCCGUAUUCACUUCCCUCUGGCCACCUACGCUCCAGUCAUCUCUGCUGAGAAAGCCUACCAUGAGCAGCUCUCUGUGGCUGAGAUUACCAAUGCCUGCUUUGAGCCAGCCAACCAGAUGGUGAAAUGUGACCCACGGCAUGGAAAAUACAUGGCCUGCUGCCUGCUGUAUCGUGGUGAUGUGGUACCCAAAGAUGUCAACUCUGCCAUUGCUACUAUCAAGACCAAGAGAACCAUCCAGUUUGUAGACUGGUGUCCCACUGGCUUCAAAGUGGGUAUCAACUACCAGCCUCCUACAGUAGUCCCCGGUGGUGACCUGGCUAAGGUACAGAGGGCAGUGUGUAUGUUGAGUAACACUACUGCCAUUGCAGAGGCCUGGGCCCGUCUGGAUCACAAGUUUGAUCUCAUGUACGCCAAGAGGGCCUUCGUUCACUGGUACGUUGGAGAGGGAAUGGAGGAAGGAGAGUUCUCAGAAGCUCGUGAAGACAUGGCUGCUUUGGAGAAGGACUACGAGGAGGUGGGAACAGACAGUGUGGGUGAUGAAGGUGAAGCUGAGGAAGGAGAAGAAUAUUAAAAUAAUCUAAUGAAGAUUUCUGAAAAGAACCCUUUCUGGAAUUGCUAAACAAGCUGCAAACAUCACAUUUCCAUUUCCGUGCCCUUCUGAGUAAUGCAAGAUCUUACUUCUCCAUUUUGAAAAUAUCUUUCAUUCAUAAUGGCAAAAUAUUGCAUUUUCUGUUAAAUUUUUUUCCCUUUGCACUAGUUGCAUUGUUCUUUUAAUCAUUUUGCCCUUGCAUAGUUGUACAAACAGUAUGUUAUAGCUAUUUAAUAAACCAUAAGUGUGUGCUUUAUUUGAUUUCUAAGAAAUAAAGAAGUAGCAUAUAAGGA